ACGCGGCAGUCGGAUGUUUUGAGUCUGCCAGUAAACAGCGUAUUGUGCUACGUUCUGAGUUUACGCGGGAAACCUGUUUCCAAAAUUUUUUUUUACUAGUGAUAAAGAAUUGUUUUUCAGUUCAAACUUACGCAUUCUUACGUAGAUUGGAAAUCAUAUUUUUUGAUCAAACAGCUUUAAUGAAGUUACAUCAAAACUAGAGCAGAAUACACGUGAAUAAGAUAUAAAUGUAUUCUGUUAGAAGAUGGUAGCACAAUUCGUGUCAACAGCAAGUCUCCGCGUUCCACACAGAAAAGUCCAUCAAUCAAAGAAAUCACAACAUGCCAUCACACAUAAACAUAAAAGAUUUAUGAUGCCAAGUUGAGUAAACGAAACUAUGCAGAGCGAAUGGAAUGUAAACCAAUCCUUAUACAAUAGCACCUUCAGCAAUUAUUCUGAAACUGAACAAAAUGACAAUGUCACUUCAUUACAAGACCCUAUUGAGGACAAAGCCAUUCAGGCCGCAUUUUGCACCGCUUACACGAUCAUUUUCGCCGUUGGGAUCUUUGGUAAUGCCCUUGUUUGCUACGCUGUAAUUAGGAACCGAGCCAUGCAAACUGUUACAAAUCUCUUUAUCACGAAUCUGGCCCUAUCCGACAUUCUAUUAUGUGUAUUUGCAGUUCCAUUUACACCUCUGUACACUUUCCUAGGCCGAUGGGUAUUUGGUGGACCGUUAUGCCAUAUUAUGCCUUACGCUCAAGGCUGCAGUGUCUAUAUUUCAACAUUAACACUGACUUCAAUAGCUAUUGAUAGGUUCUUCGUUAUAAUCUAUCCUUUUAAGCCCCGGAUGAAAAUAAGUACCUGCAUUGGACUCAUAAUUUUUAUAUGGGUUUUUGCUUUAACCGUAACCUUUCCUUAUGGUUAUUAUAUGACCCUGCAAGAUAUAUUCUGUGAAGAAAAAUGGCCGUCAGAUCACAUCCGCAAAGCUUUUGGUGCAGUUACGACCAUUAUGCAAUUUGCUAUUCCAUUUAUAGUUAUGGCUUUCUGUUAUACUUGUGUUAGUGUAAAGCUAAAUGAUAGAUUAAAAUCUAGACCAGGCAGUAAAAAUAGCAAGAAAGAAGAUGCUGAAAGAGAAAGAAAGAGACGGACAAACAGAAUGCUUAUAGCAAUGGUUGCUAUAUUUGGAUUGUCAUGGCUGCCGUUAAAUUUAAUAAAUAUUAGUAGCGAUUUUUAUUCAUUUGCAGAAGAUUGGAGGUACUAUAUGGUAAUGUUUUUUGUAGCCCAUUUCAUUGCUAUGUCUUCCACGUGUUACAAUCCAUUUCUUUAUGCAUGGCUAAAUGAGAAUUUCCGCAAGGAGUUCAAGCAGAUAUUACCAUGUCUGAGUGCUUUAGUCACUAAAAAACCUAAGAGGAAUUUCAACCAAUCAGAGAGGACAGGGAUGUAUCGAUCUGAAAAGACUUGUAAUGGAAAUGACACUGUUCAAGAGUCUUUAUUGACGUCUACUAUAAAUAGGAUACCUUCAGUUAGAUAUAAAAUAGAGCUUAACGAUAAAGUCAAGGUUUAUAAGGACGAGGGUAAUGUGAGUCCAGACGAGAAGGCCGAGGACAAGCCGAGCUCGAACGAAGACUGUAUUAAAAUGUACAUGUUUGUUGAUAAAACUGUUGUUACUUCAGACAAGGAGCCUAUUGUUUCCGCACUGUAAGGAUCGGUACGUGGAAACUGCGUUACAUGGACUUCAAAUUCAAACUUCCUACGGCCUUAGAAAUAAACUUGGUACAAAGUUAUAACUGAUAAUAAACCAAUAAUGUUUUACAAGAAUUAAAAAAAAUAUAUUUUAUAAUAGUUUAAAAAAAAUCUAAAAAAAAACACGAUAAAUGCACAAAAUUCUCUUUGGUAUGCGAUAAUUUCCUAAUAUUAGAUAAAUCGGUUAAAGAUAUUGGUUGAAAUUUAAAAUUAACAUCUAUUCCUGCCUUAGCAACGAUAGAUGAAAAUUAUAUAAAUUAACAAUAAUCUUAUUUUCCCAAUUUAAAAAUGGAAUAAUUUUAACAAAUUAAUGUAUUGUCAUCGGUCCUCGAUAAAUCUACGAAGUGUGAAAUUUGGCCGUUUAAAGUGGGUCUAAAUCGGGCCCAAAUAAGUCGAUUACAAACAAAUAUACAUACAGGUGAAGCUAAUACUCGUAAGAAGCUUGUAAAGAUUACGAAUAGACAUUUUGCAUAUGAUUGGUUUAUUCGAACGUUUAACGUUUCCCGCCUUUAUUUGCUAGGCUGCUUGACAUUCGGAAAACUUCAGAAUUAUCAUUGUAUUGACAGUGCUAUUUUGGUUUAUUCUCAGACUCAGAAUACAGAUUGUUCUGUAUUCUGAGUUCUCAUGUAUAACUUUACAGCAAGUUUAUUUGUAAGCCGUUAGUAUUUUAGUGUAUUAUUAAAAUUACAAACUUCAAUUAUGUCAACAUAAACUAAUAUGUCUUAUUAAUCUAACUAAAAAAUUUACCUAAAGCCAUUACUUUUAAUUAAAGUAAAUAAUAUAAUGAUUAGUGUAUGAAAUAUCAAUGUAUAGUGUAAAUUAUAAAUGUAUAUUUUCGUUAAAUACGUAACAGCUUAGACAAAUAUUAUAUAUAAUAAUGAAUAAUAAAAAAAAUCGUUGCGAAAAGAAUUCACAUCAAUAAUGUUCUAACGAACUUGAGCCCAUUGAUGGUAAUGCUUUUCUCUUAGUAACCAAUUUGUAUGAAAUGAUCUAGGUAUGAUGUAAAUUUUGUGUAUUUUUGUAUGUGUAUGUAUGCAAACUAAGGCCAAUGUAUGAUAACGUGAAAUUAGAUGUUCAAAUAAAAUGUACUUAUUAUAA